AUGGUCGUGCGCGAGAUCGGCGCGACGUACGCCGAGGCGCGACGACGAGGGCUGGACGCGUUCGCGGCGUGCGCGAGACGAAGCGGCGGACGAGGGAAGACGCUCGGACGAAGCGAGGGAUGGGAAAAGGCGCACGAUGGCGCCGUGCGAACGACGAUCGCGAGCUUGGCGAAGGAAAGGCUGAAAAUGGACGUCGAUGACGAUUGCGGGGGGUCGGCGGUGAUGCGGGGAGACUUGGAGAUUGUUCGAGACGGGGCGGACGCGGCGGCGCGCGCGGCGCUGGGGCGGUUGGACGCGGCGUUUCAUAACGCCACGCGCGGGUUCUUCGAGCGGAGCGCGCGAUCAGAUAUGAGUUUGGAUAACUUUCACGCGUACGGGGCGCCGAACGUCGGGCGCGCGGAGGGUGAGAUUGAGGAGGAAUUGGAUGUCGAAGGGAAGCACGCGCACACGGACGUCGGCGUCGCAAUCGUGAUGACGCCCGCGUUGCUUCGCGGGGAGAAACCCGGGACGGGCGGAUCUAGAGGCUUAUUUAUCGGUGAUAUCGAACCGGACGUGCCGGACGACGGGAUGAUCGUCAUGUUAGGCGAGGCUGCGCGGGCGUGGGUGCCGGGAUUGAGCGCGGAGUUGCGAAGUUUGAUUAAAGUGCCCACGCACACGAUGCGCCUCACGGGCGAGCGUGCGUGGUUCGGUAGAAUGGUUCUUCCGGAAUCCUCGCUCGCGCAUCCUGAGGGUGAAAUGACUUUUGGCGCCUGGCACGCCGGCGCGAUCGAAGCGGCGAUGGAAUCGAAUGACAGAGCGGAGAACGAGCGUUGGGCCGCCGUCGCGUGCCCGUCGCCGGCGGUGGACGAGUCCGGUUUGGCCACGUCGCGCAGACGUAUUCUAUCCGAUGACAACACGUGCCCGGCGGGCAAAAUUUAUUGUUGGCUCACGUGCGUCGACGCCCCCGCGGCGUGCGCAGAUACGAGUAGCGCCAGCCAUGCGGUGUGCAUCGACACCGCGACUGGGAACCCGUGGGUGAACGCGGCGGGCAAUCACUGUGGCACGUGCGCGGCGCAGUGCCCUGGGUCAAAUAUCACCGCACCGACGGGAAUGUGUAACACGCGCAUUGCGCCGACGACGAUGUACAUGGAUGGCUUCAAGCUCAACGGCGGCGGCGCUUCGCAGCCCUGCGUGGCGCUUUUGUUCAAAAGCUGGUCAUUGCACACCCCCGCGUUGCUCGCGCUCGGCUUCUUCGCCACCGUCGCGAUGGGGAUGUCCAUCGAGGCCUUAGCGUCACUUCGACGCAACUUACAAAAUCCCGGCUUCUGCAACUGCCACAACAUCCCCACCUCCAAAUCGCGCGCGUACGCCGUCGCGCUGUACGCCGUACAAAUCACCCUCGGUUAUCUCUUAAUGCUCGUCUCCAUGACGUACCAUUUCGUCCUCUUCUCCGCCGUCAUCGUCGGUCUCCUCAUCGGCCACAUCGUCUUCGGCGCCAAAGCCCCAGUCGCCGCCAACACCACCGCGUGCUGUUCUUUCGCCUCUCCCAGCGACAAGCAAGACUGUCCCGGCUGCGCGCCGACGCCCGGCGUCGACGCCGACCCGCUCCCUUCGUGUUGCGCCGCGCGCGCCGCCGAGUCGCGCGGCUCGCCCGCGAGUUCCGACAGCGGCGACGCCCUUCGCGCGCCCUUGACUCGUCUCCGCCGCGUCCUCACGGGCGUCGCCAGCAACGUGUAAU